AUGGAGGAACUAGGAAAAACAUAUUUAUGGCAAACAUUAUGUGCAUCAUUAAGAUCUGAAGGGAGGAUUGUUCUUACUGUUGCAUUGAGCGGCAUUGCAUCACUUCCCAACGGUAAAACAGCUCACUCACAAUUUGCAAUCCCUCUUGCCAUCACUGAAGAUUCAGUUUGCAACAUUAAACAAGGAACAUCACUAGUAGAACUUUUAAUUCAGGCCUCCUUGAUAAUAUGGGAUGAAGAACCAAUGGCAAACAGGCAUUGUUUUGAAGCAUUGGAUAGAAUAUUACGAGACAUCAUUAGAAGAAAUGAUCCUAAUGCUAUAGGAAAACCAUUUGGCAGAAAAACUGUGGUGCUUGGAGGAGACUUUAGGCAAAUACUUCCUAUCAUACCACAAGGUGGGUGUGAAGACAUUGUCUUUGCUACUAUUAAUGCUUCAUACUUGUGGAAUGAAUGCACUGUCUUCACACUGACUAAAAACAUGAGACUAACCAAAGGUCAUUACACAGAUGAUGUAGAUACAGUAACAAAAUUUUCAGAAUGGAUUAUUUCUAUUGGAGAUGGAAAUGUUGACAUUGAACCUGACACAGAAGAUGUUAUUACCAUACCUAGAGAUUUGUUAUUGUUUCCAUUAGGGAACCCUAUGGAUUGCAUUAUUGACAGUACAUAUCCAAGUUUGGUUGACCGCCUAGGCAAUGGGUCUUACUUCAGGGAUCGUACUAUCCUAACAACUAUAUUAUUUGUUGUUUAUGAAUUGAAUAGUUAUAUGCUUGCAAAGCUACCAGGUGAGGAAUUCAAUUAUCUUAGUGCUGACAAUGUUUGCAAAUCAGAUGGUGCCAACAGUUCCAUUGCAGAAAUACACUCAGUUGGAUUCUUAAAUACAAUCACAAUGUCUGGAUUGCCAAAUCACAAGCUAAGCCUAAAAGUUGGUGCUCCUAUAAUGUUGAUGCAAAAUAUUGAUAAAUCUAUAGGUCUUUGUAAUGGGACUAAGUUAAUUGUCACACAUUUGGAGAAACAUGUGAUAGGAGCUGAGAUUAUCACAGGAAGUAAUACUGGCGUGCAUGUCUUGAUUCCACACUUAACCAUCACACCAUCUAAGACGUCUUUGCCUUUUACUCUAUGUAGAAGACAGUUUCCUAUAAUGCUAUCUUUUGUAAUGACUAUAAACAAGAGUAAAGGUCAAGGUCUUCUCAAUAUAGGAUUAUUUCUGCCUCAUCCUGUCUUUACACAUGGUCAAUUAUACGUUGCUAUCUCACGACUGUGGCGACGGGAAGGUUUAAAAAUAUUCCUCCUUGAUGACAAAGGCACGCCCACUAAUAAAACUUCAAAUGUUGUUUAUAAGGAAGUCUUCUGUAACCUUUUGAAUUGA